CUUCUCUCAAGGAAUUAUGCUCUUCUACAGAUUCAAUUUAACAUUAAGCUACUGCGCCAAGACUUACCUGUGACACAGCGAACGAGUUGUGGGAAAAGUGUCCUCUACACAUCCAAGCUGCAUUUAAGUUGUCCAUAACUAUCCCCCAAUCCUCCCGCUUCUUCCUCUCCUUCCCUCGUUCAACUCCCCACACACAACACACAGCAACGUACCCAGAGAGUGAUUAGAUCCUCUCUCAGUACUCCGACAGCCCUUCCUACAACAUCGUUUACGUGUUGUUACCUAUCUGCAUCCGCCAAAGAGAGCUUGCUUUCUAUACCAUCCCCCGUUGUCACAAACACCCCCACUCCAGUCCCGAUGAUUUCAUCAAAGGGCAGCAAAGUCGCCUGGGCGGCUUCACUGUUCUACCUCUUGUUUGUAUGUCUGGCGCCUUUACUGUCGCCGGUCAAUGCGGCCGAGAAUGAUACCGAGAACUUCGGAACCGUUAUUGGUAUCGACUUGGGAACUACAUACUCUUGUGCUGGUGUGAUGAAGGGAGGCCGUGUCGAGAUUAUGGUCAACGACCAAGGAAACCGUAUCACCCCGUCGUACGUCGCUUUCACCGAGGACGAGCGAUUGGUCGGAGACGCCGCAAAGAACCAGUACGCCGCCAACCCCACAAACACCGUCUUCGAUAUCAAGCGUCUCAUUGGCCGCAAGUUCAACGACAAGGACGUUCAGCAAGACAUCAAGCACUUCCCCUUCAAGGUCAUCAACAAGAAUGGAAGCCCCAAUGUCCAAGUUGAGGUUUCCGGAGAGAAGCGUGUCUUCACUCCCGAGGAGAUUUCCGCCAUGAUUUUGGGCAAGAUGAAGGAGAUCGCCGAGGCCUACUUGGGCAAGAAGGUCACCCACGCCGUCGUCACUGUCCCCGCCUACUUCAACGACGCCCAGCGUCAGGCCACCAAGGAUGCCGGUACCAUCGCCGGUCUUAACGUCCUCCGUGUCGUCAACGAGCCCACCGCCGCCGCUAUCGCCUACGGUCUUGACAAGAAGGGGGGCGAGCGCCAGAUCAUCGUCUACGAUCUUGGUGGUGGUACUUUCGAUGUCUCGCUUCUUUCCAUCGACCAGGGUGUCUUCGAGGUCUUGUCGACUGCCGGUGAUACCCACUUGGGAGGAGAGGAUUUCGAUCAGCGUGUCAUCUCCCACUUCACCAAGCUCUACAACAAGAAGCACAGCGUCGAGAUCACCAAGGACCUCAAGACCAUGGGCAAGCUGAAGCGUGAGGUCGAGAAGGCCAAGCGUACUCUGUCUUCGCAGAUGUCUACCAGAAUCGAGAUUGAGGCUUUCCACGACGGCAAGGACUUCUCCGAGACUCUCACUCGCGCCAAGUUCGAGGAGCUCAACUUAGACCUCUUCAAGAAGACCCUCAAGCCGGUCGAGCAGGUCCUCAAGGACGCCAAGGUCAAGCGUGAGGAUGUCGACGACAUCGUCCUUGUCGGAGGUUCCACCCGUAUCCCCAAGGUCCAGCAGCUUUUGGAGGAGUACUUCAAGGGCAAGAAGGCUUCCAAGGGUAUCAACCCCGACGAGGCUGUUGCCUACGGUGCUGCCGUCCAGGGAGGUGUUCUGUCCGGUGAGGAGGGUACCGACGAUAUCGUCCUCAUGGACGUCAACCCCUUGACUCUCGGUAUCGAGACCACCGGUGGUGUCAUGACCAAGCUCAUUCCCCGCAACACCGUCAUCCCCACCCGCAAGUCCCAGAUCUUCUCGACCGCCGCCGACAACCAGCCCAUCGUUCUCAUCCAGGUUUAUGAGGGAGAGCGCUCGCUGACUAAGGACAACAACCUGUUGGGCAAGUUCGAGCUCACCAACAUCCCCCCGGCUCCCCGUGGAGUUCCCCAGAUUGAGGUCUCGUUCGAGCUCGACGCCAAUGGAAUCCUGAAGGUUUCCGCCGCCGACAAGGGUACCGGAAAGUCUGAGUCGAUCACCAUCAACAACGAGCGUGGUCGCCUGUCGCAGGAGGACAUUGAGCGCAUGGUUUCCGAGGCCGAGAAGUUCGCCGACGAGGACAAGGCCAACCGCGAGAAGAUCGAGGCGCGCAACGCGCUCGAGAACUACGCCUUCUCCCUCAAGAACCAGGUCAACGACAAGGAGGGUCUCGGAGGAAAGAUCAGCGACGACGAGAAGGAGACUCUUCUCACCGCCGUCAAGGAGGCUACCGCUUGGUUGGAGGAGAACGGAGCUACCGCCACCACUGAGGACUUUGACGAGCAGAAGGAGAAGCUCAGCCAAGUCGCUUACCCCAUCACCUCCAAGAUGUACGGUGGUGCCGGAGACGAUUCGUCGAAGCCCGAUGAUCACGAUGAGUUGUAAAUUCGUAUGACUUGUUGCUUUCUUAUUUUUAGGCUAUCAUUUUUUUUUUGCUACAUGUGCUUCUAGAAAUGGAGUUACCGUUUUUCUGUGUAAACCCUUCUGUUCUGUUUGUUGUUGUGAUGCAGCAGUGUAUUCGUGAUAAUGUUCAUUCUGGAGGAAGAUGGUAAAAAUGCAAAGUGUUGCGAUGUUAACGAAUCUUAUCAUAUCACACUCGCGUGCAGAUACCGGCUGAUCACCAGACCCGUCACCCGCAACUCCACUUAGCUCGCCACUUGUGCCCGCCACU